AAAAGAAGAAAAUCUCCGCUUCUCCACGCCUCUGCUCCUCCGCUGCGUAUGCGUCCCUCUCGUCUCGUGUGACCAGCUGCGGAGCAGGCGACCAGGCAUAAACGCCCUGCGCGCGCAGCGCGGCGGCGGCAAUGGCGCCCACGGCCUGCCUCCGGUUCCCCUAUCUCCCGGCUCGAGCCCCGGCCCGCUCCGCCAACCCGGCCGCCACCUACCCGUCGCCCCACCGCCCCUCCCUGAAAUGCAGCGCCGCCAACGGCGACAGCUCCAUCUCCAGCCCCAAUUCCAUCUCCAUCUCCCCGAUCUCGCCACCGCGGGCGACGGUGGCGGACGGCGUUGAGUCGGCGGAUGCCAACGGGCUGCGCCGCCCGCCCGCGCCCGUCUCCGGCCUCACCGUCCCUGGCGCCCGCGAUUCCCACUGGUUGCCUCGGCCGCUCACUAGUGCGGACGUCUUGGAUGCGAAUGGGAAGGGACUCAAGGUUGCUUACCAGGGUUGCCCUGGGGCGUACAGCGAGGCAGCAGCAAAAAAGGCAUACCCGAAUUGUGAGACUGUGCCCUGCGAGCACUUCGAUACUGCAUUUCAGGCUGUUCAAAACUGGGUGGCUGAUAGGGCUGUACUGCCACUUGAGAAUUCAUUGGGAGGUAGCAUUCAUCGUAACUAUGACCUUUUGCUUCGGCAUAGUUUGCACAUUGUUGGAGAAGUUCGCCUUGCAGUUCGUCAUUGCCUGUUAGCCAAUCCUGGCGUGAAGAUUGAAAACCUGAAAAGUGCUAUGAGUCAUCCCCAGGCUCUUGCGCAAUGUGAGCACACAUUGACAGAGUUAGGAAUCGAGCACAGAGAAGCUGUUGAUGACACUGCUGGCGCAGCAAAGUUUGUUGCAGAAGAAAUGCUCCAGGACACUGGUGCUAUUGCUAGUUCAUUGGCUGCCAAACUGUAUGGACUAGAUGUUCUUGCUGAGAAUAUUCAGGAUGACAAAGAUAAUGUCACCCGUUUUAUGAUGCUAGCUCGAGAACCCAUCAUACCUCGCACUGAUAAACCAUUCAAGACUAGUAUAGUCUUUUCACUAGAAGAAGGGCCUGGACAGCUCUUCAAGGCUCUUGCUGUAUUCGCACUGAGGCAAAUCAAUCUGACAAAGAUUGAAAGUCGUCCACACAAGGAAAGGCCUCUUCGUGUAUCCGAUGACUGUCUAUUAAAGAACUUCGAUUACCUCUUUUAUGUCGACCUUGAGGCUUCAAUGGCUGAUCCAAAAACUCAGAAUGCUCUAGGAAAUUUGAAGGAGUUUGCAACCUUUUUAAGAGUCCUGGGAAGCUAUCCUACAGAUGUGAAUGAACCUUAGAUAGCAAGUAUCUACAGAUCACAUGCUGGAUUUGCAGAAACUGGGUGAAAUGGGCAGGCAGUUGGAAAGACAGGAGCAAUUAUCAGCCUACUGGUAAUUUUGAUGGGGCAAAAUGGAUUAUCUGCAUUAGAAUUGUAGAGCAUGGGAGGCAUGCAUUUGGUUAUGAUAUUGGGAAGAAGAUCACAUCUUUUGCUGCUGAUGUUCUUCUAUGCAAGGACCGAGGAGGAUACCUUAAAGAGAUGAUUUCUUUUAUCUCCAAUUAUGCAGGAGCCUGUUAGAACGCAUAUAUAGAUCAAGGGUUGGAUAUUUGAUUUGUGAAAAACAGCUAUAGCAGAAUAGUUUUGUGUGUUAGUUUGGUUGUUUAAACCCUCCUGCUGCCUAAAAAAGUUUAUGUGUUUUAAUUGAACUGUUUUGUCAUUGCGGCAAGCAAUGAUCCUGUCAUGUGCACUGUAGUAUCAUGGCAAAAUUCCAAAGAACUGUUGUGUUUCCUUGUUCA